CAUUGUCAGAUGACAGCUUGCGCAGCUGUCCUUCAGCAAAGGUGCGGACAUGAGGUUUGCAGGUCCCAUGCACCCUGCGCCGUACAGGUCGAUGACCUCAUCGUCUGGCAUCCGGGAUGCGUGUGAGAUCUGUUAUGGGCUUUUUGCCGAUAUAACCUCGGACUCGACCCCACAGGCUGUCAAGAACACAUCUCUUUCGACCCUCAAGAUCUGGGUUGGCGGAUUCGGCCGUAACGUUAAGGCUAAGAAACCUUAUAUUCUAUCAGAGGAGUUAUGCACCCUCCUCUACCCAAAUGCCAAGAUGUCAGCGGCAGUUCCCAAGGAAGUGGCUGCACCCAUUAUUGCCAAGAUAAGGGAAGACACGCAGUCCUUGCCUGAAGAUCUUGAGGGACUAGGGGAAGAAGUGUUAGAAGACGUGGCAGCCAUCAGCCUUGACAUAGAACCAAUGGUUCUGGAUGCCAGCGAUCAAGGUAGGGAGGUAAGUGGGGCAAGUAGUGUGCGGUCUAAGAUUCCUGUUCUUAGCCCUGCACCAUCUUUAACAUCUUCUCAUGCUUCUUUUCAAGGGUUUACUGCAAAGACCCUGGUUGGGGACAAACCAGGCUCAGUAAUACCAAAAGUCAAACACUUGAGGAAGGCCUUAUCUAAGCCAAGUAAACCAUCUAGGUUACCGAGACUUACCAAGUCAUUAAAUGCAUCUAAGUCUUCGGAGAUUCCGGUAGCAGCUACUCCCCUACAUCACGGGUCGAGAUCAAGGAGCUCCAAAUCUAAGGCUUCAGAACCUUCCUUUGAUCCGGUUGCCUUCUCUAAUCUUUUAAUGGAGAAGAUGGGAAGUAUGGUCCAAUCUCAGAUUGGAACCAUCUCGGAUCGGUUGCAGUCUAUGGACACUUUUGCUCAGAGACUGCAAAAAAACCAGGAAAGAAACAUGUUAGAAAAUCUCCUGAGAACUGGACUGCCACAACAACAACAGUUUGUGUUGGCCAGACGCUUCUAA